CAACGUAGAGGGGUGGACGAAGAGCUCAUGUUAGAAGAUAGGGGAAAAGUGGGAAACUCUCAGUUGAAAUAUCGUAGCUACAGUUAUUAUAGAAUAUCUAAAUUGGGAUAAAAAUCUUUAAAGGCCCUUACGAAGAGGAAUUAGAUGACUUUUCCUCUGUACUCUUCCCCCACAGGCGGUCAUGGUGCUGUCGCCGCUCCAGCUACGCCAGGCUCCGUGGACGACGCGGACGGGAGCUGUUUGGGGUCAAUUCAAGUCAUGCAGGUUGCAAGAAACACGGGGUCUUGGCUUUCGCGGUUAUGGGCUUGGAUACCGACGAACAGCGUCGUGGCCUGGGCGCCGGCCUCCACCAUCCAUACGAGCGCCCAGCUGCUGCAAGACGGCGCCGCCAAGCAAGAAACUGAGGGGAAGACAGCGGCUCCAACUUCAGCUCCGAGCCGGAGCAGCUUCAGCAUUUACCCUCCAAUUCCAGGACAGGAGAGCUCUCUGAGGUGGGCAGGAAAGAAAUUUGAGGAGAUCCCAAUCGCACACAUUAAAGCAUCCUACAACAACACACAGAUCCAGGUAGUCUCUGCCAUGAACCAGCCCCUUGCCCGUGCUUCCUGUGGCACAGAGGGGUUCCGGAACGCCAAGAAGGGCACGGGCAUCGCAGCACAAACAGCAGGCAUAGCUGCUGCGGCGAAAGCCACGGGGAAGGGCGUGACCCACAUCCGAGUGGUGGUGAAAGGCCUGGGGCCAGGGCGCUUGUCUGCCAUCAAGGGACUAACCAUGGGGGGCCUGGAAGUGAUCUCGAUCACAGAUAACACCCCCAUCCCACACAACGGCUGCCGCCCCAGGAAGGCUCGCAGGCUGUGAUGGGAAGGAAGCCUGCACCUGAACCUGACUUCAAGCUCCACCUCCGGCUGGACCUCGUAAAAAGCACACUGGCAGAGUUCUCUCCAGAGGUCCUUCAGACACCAAGGGAGAGCACUGCCUCUUUACGUGGUGGCCUCUGUUGUACUUUUGACUAGAGAUCGGCAUGCCCAGAAGUGAGGCUGUGCCUCUCUUGGACACAAGGGGAGCCACAGGAGCAGCUGUGGCCCAGACUCCAACCAGUAAAUGCUUCCCUGCUCUAAAAAAAAAUAAACAUCUGUAUCAUCUGUA